CCGCCGGAGGCACAGGUACAGUCAUCUUGCGUCCCGGAGGCCAAACCGCGUGCUCGUAUUUCUCCUCCGAGCUGGAGAAUUUUCUGUAAUGUCGAAAGUGAGUUUAUGAGGCACACGUUCUGAGAGCAUGCACUGGGCUGCAAGCACUCGGUUUUAUAUAGUUCGUCAAUGCUACUGAGAGAGAGAGAGAGAGAAAUUGUAAUCCCUCGUCUUUUGCAAACUUGUUAUACAACAUAAAUAAGUACUGUAUUCGAAGGCCCGAUCUCAGCCCCGCGUCGAUCCUCGACGGAUUUUAGUAACAAAUAAGAGGUCUGGUUCCUGAACGACUGACUGUUCGCAUUAUUGGGAAAAAAAACCACACUAGGAAGGAUAAGGGAUGCCCACACCCGUACCAGGAGCAAGAUCACUCUGGAUCGAAAUGCUGUUGGUCUUCCUUGUGGGUCACGCGCCCUGCUCAGCCAGCCCCUUACCUGUGCGAGUUUCCCCAAACGCGCCCUUCCAGGAGAGGUUGGAGGCAGCCCAUAAUCUCCUUCAAGAGUCGCCUCUCAUCGAUGGACACAACGACCUCCCGUGGAACCUUCGCAUGUUCCUCCACAACAAGCUGCAUUCCUUCAACCUCUCCGCUGACCUCACCGAGGAGAAGCCUUGGCGGAAGUCUCCCUUUUCCCACACCGAUCUGCCCAGGCUGAGGAGAGGGCACGUGGCAGCUCAGUUUUGGUCGGUAUACGUUCCUUGCGAAACGCAGUACCUGAACACUGUUCAACUACUGAUGGAACAAGUGGACGUCAUCAAGAGGAUGAUUGCUGCAAGUCCUCAGGAGACGACUUUGGUCACCUCUCCGGAAGGUAUCGAAACCGAAUUCAAGAGAGGCAGAGUAUCCAGCCUACUGGGCGUAGAGGGAGGUCACAGCCUUGCAAGCAGCAUGGGCGUAGUUAGAGCCCUCUACGAUUUGGGCGUGCGAUAUAUUACACUCACGCAUAAAUGCCAUACUCCGUGGGCAGAGUGUUCCGAAAGCGGCAGCUCGGAGGCGAACGCCAAAGGCUUGACUCCCUUCGGUCAGGAGAUCAUCCAGGAGCUGAACCGACUGGGGAUCAUGAUAGACCUGUCGCACUCGUCCUCACAGACGGUCUCGGACGUCCUGAGCUCCUCGAAGGCCCCAGUGAUAUUCUCUCACUCGGCCUCGAGAGCUCUCUGCGACAUCGAGCGCAACGUCCCUGACGAUAUUCUCAGUGAAAUGACAGCAAACGGUGGCCUUGUCAUGGUGAGUUUUUACAACGACUUCUUAACGUGUUCGCCGACGGCCACCAUCAAAGAUGUUGUCGACCACAUCAACCAUAUCCGACUGAAGGCUGGAGUUGAUCACGUGGGACUAGGAGCUGGAUACGACGGUAUAAACAGGACUCCGGCGGGGCUAGAGGACGUCUCCAAGUACCCGGAACUUUUCGCAGAACUCCUGAAGGAUCCUUCCUGGACCAUUAAAGAUCUGAAGAAACUGGCAGGACUUAAUUUACUUCGAGUCUUCUCAAGAGUCCAAGAGAUUCGGAACAUGCUGGAGGACGAGACGCCCUCGGAGGAGAUCAUCCCCAUCCACGAUAUCGACGCCAAGUGGCCCUGCAGGUACAAGUUCGCCAGUCUCGAGGACGCCCCUCGAACCUGACGGGUUUCGUGAGGGCCAGGCCGACGAAUCACAGGACACUUUACUUACUUCUGGAGAUUCGUUCAAUUCAUCGAAUGUUCAUACUUGGAUUCUUUCCGAUCUGCUUUCGUGGCUACUGAAGUGAACAUCUCAAAGGAAUUUGAGUUCAGUACAACUGGAAUUGGAAUUUAGAAUUUAGGCCAAAGGCCAAGUACUGGGGCCUAUGAGGGCAUUCUGCGCUGAAAGGGAAGUCGACAGUAAGAAGGUUUGAAAGGUGU